AGAGGUUUAAUGACAGAAACAGGUUUUCAGGUGCACGUUUUGGCUGCAACCAACAAACUAAGCCAAAGCGGUUUUCUGAUCAAAACCCAAACAUACAGAGAGGUCAGGUGACUUACAGCGUUCACACUUCAUUUCAAACACUUCCGAAGCGUUCGGUCAGACGCAUUUGCAUCAGCUAAAAACUACAAGGGAAAAAAGAAAGCAGCGCAAAAAAAAAAAAGCGGCAAAACACCAGCUAAAAAGAAGUAAAAAAAAAGGUCUAUACCGAGUGCUUUCCGAGCUCGUGUUGCCCAUCACCAUCGGUUUGAAGAGAGAGUGACAGGUCUUUGUUGGUGAAUAGAAAUCAGUGGCAUUGGAGAGAGGGAGGACUCCUCCUACCCAAUUACCCGAGCUGGGCAGGCGUUUGCUCUCUUCACAAAUAGGACACAGGAUCUCUAACACACACAGUCCCAAACCUGACUUUCAAGCGUUCGGAUCCCCGGUAGGAGAUUGGGACUAUCUGAAAACCCACGUUUAAAACACCCUCCAGACUUCAGCUUUUGCCUUGUAUCGUCCGGACUAUACUUUUUUUUUCCUUCCCUCUCUUCUUCUCCUGCCCAGCGAGACGCCGGAGAAGUGGACUGGUUCUCCUGCCCGUUCCUGCGCCGUCCGUCGAAUCCCACCGGCUUUAUUUUUUUAUUUUUUUUUAAAUAUUGAUUGCGUUUGUGUGAAUCUGUUGGUGUAGAUCCGUUCGGAUGUUUUAAGGAUCCGGAAAGCUGUAUAUGGAAGUUGUGGGGUGCAAGGCGAAAGAAAGCAGUUGCACAUUGCGUCCAGCAGCCAUGCUUUUCCACGGCAUCUCUGGGGAUCAUAUUCAAGGGAUCAUGGAGGAGAUGGAGAGGAGAUCUAAAUCGGAGUCUCGCCUGGCUAAAACCGUUCAGAUGAACGGACGGGAGACGACGAUGCCCUCCAUGAGCCCGGAGAAGCCCGCGCUGUGCGCCGGCUGCGGGGGGAAAAUCUCCGACAGAUACUACUUACUCGCCGUUGAUAAACAGUGGCAUUUAAGGUGUCUCAAGUGUUGUGAAUGUAAACUGGCCCUCGAAUCCGAGCUGACGUGUUUCGCGAAGGAUGGCAGCAUUUACUGCAAAGAGGAUUACUACAGGUUCUCCGUGCAGAGAUGUGCCCGCUGCCACCUCGGCAUCUCCGCCUCGGAAAUGGUGAUGCGCGCCAGGGACUCCGUGUACCAUCUGAGCUGCUUCACCUGCACCACAUGCAACAAAACACUGACCACGGGUGACCACUUCGGCAUGAAAGACAACUUGGUUUACUGCCGGGUUCACUUCGAGACCCUUAUUCAGGGAGAGUAUCACCCUCAAUUAAACUACGCCGAAUUGGCGGCCAAAGGCGGAGGGCUCGCGCUGCCUUACUUCAACGGCACCGGCACGGUGCAGAAAGGGAGGCCGCGGAAGAGGAAGAGUCCGGCGAUGGGGAUAGACAUCGGCUCUUACAACUCAGGUUGUAACGAGAACGAAGCCGACCAUCUGGAUCGGGAUCAGCAACCCUACCCUCCAUCCCAGAAGACCAAACGCAUGCGUACGUCGUUCAAACACCAUCAGCUUCGCACCAUGAAGUCCUACUUCGCCAUUAACCACAACCCAGAUGCCAAGGACUUAAAACAGCUCGCCCAAAAGACAGGACUGACCAAAAGAGUUCUUCAGGUUUGGUUCCAAAACGCACGGGCCAAAUUCAGAAGGAACGUUUUGCGGCAGGAGAAUGGGGGUGUUGAUAAGGCUGAUGGCACGUCACUUCCGCCGCCCUCUUCCGACAGCGGUGCUCUGACCCCACCCAGCACGGCCACCACACUAACUGACCUGACCAAUCCCUCUAUCACCGUAGUAACAUCAGUGACCUCUAGUUUGGACAGCCACGAAUCCGGGAGCCCCCCACAAACUACCUUGACAAACCUUUUCUAACACGGAUUUUUUUUUUUUUUUUUUUUUGUCUCUACCCCAUUUAUUUUCAGAUUCUAUUUUUAUUUUCAACCACGAAAAAAAAAAAAAACCCUCCGGCGACCACAGAAAGACCUUUGGAAAUGUGAGACGAGACCUACUAUGUGUAGCAUUUGCGACCGCGUGGCAGCUGAGUUUGCAGUACCUGUCAGUUGAUUUGUUUUUUGUGAUCACUUUAUUUAUACAGUUUCGCUCUCAACCCGCCACGAUUAUUAAAACAAAGUGUGUCGGCAUACAGCACGUGCUAUGUUUACGUAAAUGACAUUUCCAAAAACAUGUUCCAAAUUCUUAUAUCAUGUCCUUAAUUGCCAAGUGGACGCUGGAAGCUCGAUUUAGGCCCGGUUUGUCGCCGACGCCGGACUCUUAAUCGCUAUUUGAAACGUUAAACAGUCCGAUCUUAAGUCGGCUUGGAUCGUUCGGCGGGCCUCGACUAGCAACUGUUCUGAAUGAAGAUAUCCAGCGCCCGGUGACAAUAUGGUGCCCAGUAGGAAGCGCUAUGAGUGAUUUGCGAAUGCUAAGCAGGAAGUUAAUUAGGAGCGACGCACAUCACCCCGUUUUGUUCUGUUUCCCCCCUGUUUUGCCACCGAACAGACCAAAAAAAAGAAAAAAAAGAAAAGAGAGAGAGAGAGAGAGACAGAGAGAGAGAGAGAAAAAACCCAUUUACGGCUCGGUUGGAGAUCGGUCGGGGCUCCUCGCUAGGGUGAAACAUUUCCUUGUGUGAUGACAAAUUUGUUCUGUUGUAGAACAAAGUGGUACACUAGAUCUACUUCGUGAAGUAGAUGCUUAACUCAGUUCUACUAUGUGCCUUAUGCGACUUGGACGAGAGUUUGUGAAAUUCAGGAGAUACAUGUUUGUUUGUUAAAUGAUUUCCAUCCUUGGAACGCCUCACUAGUUUUGUACUGUUCUGUUUUUCAUCUGAUUUUUUCUGAAGAUCUUUUUAAUGGUGUAUUCUGUUACAAGGGGGCGGCGAUGUCAUAGAAGGCAGUUGUGCACUCUUUCAGAACUAGUUGGUAAAUCCGAGAAUCAUAUAUAUUGAUCUUCGUGUUAAUAGUACAGUACGUGUUCUAUCAAGAUUGUCCAUGUUUCCUUGUUUCUUGAAAAAAGAUGGUGUAUAGAAACUAUUUCCCCUUAAAUAUUUAUGGACCAAACAGUUGUUAUAUCUUAUUAAAUUUGUGUGAAUAAAACUACUUUGCUUUA